CGCCGCCCGGCGGAGCGGCGCGGCGUCAGAGUGUGCCGGGCCGCCGCCGGGUGAGGGCGCGCGCGGGGAGAGAGAGCGGAGAGCGGAGAGAGGGAGUGGCGCCGCGCACUGAGCGGCUCGCACAGAGCGCAGUGAGACUGUGACUGUGACUGAAGGGAGUGAGUCCAUUGCCGAGAUGUCGUGUCUACCCGAGCAGCCCAGUGUGGCGGACCGGCCCGAGGCGCUGUGGCGCACGGCGCCGGCGCUGCUCCAACAGGCGCGCCGCUUCCAACUGGAGGCGUGCGGCGGACGGAGAGCCAAACGGGCCCUGUUCGGCCAGCCCGACCGCGAGGAGACCCGCCGCUUCGUCAAGGAGGAGCUGGCAGCCAUCCGCGCCGCCGACCAGCAAAAGUACAACUUCGACUUCAGCCAGAUGCGGCCGCUGGCGGGCCCGUUCGAGUGGCAGCCGGUGACGGCGGGCGAAGUGUCGGCGGCCUACCAGCUGGGCCGGCUACAGAGCGGCAUUCACCAGCACCGGUCUGCCAGGAGACUGGACUUCGACGCGCCGCAGCCCACCUCCCCGGCAGACAGCCGCGCCGGUGCGGCCGGCAGCAACCCCGCGGCAGAGACCGGGCCGGCCGCGCCGACCCGGGCCGAGUCCCCGGGCCAGCCCAGGCCGCCGACCACCACCUCCAGUGUCAGUUCGUCACUGACGGAGGCGCUGGCCCGGAGGGCGUCUCCACCCCCUCAGCCGGCCGCCGCCGCCCCCCGCCAGAGCUCCAUCUCAGAUUUCUUUAUCAACCGAAAGCGGACGUCUGCCGGCCUGUCAUGCGGCGACGACUCCGCUGCCAAGCGUCGAUCCAGCGUGUCACCGGCAACGAACGGAGGAGGAGGAGGCGGUACCUCUCAGCAGGCGACGGCACCGGCCACCACCGAGCCCACCAUCUGAGGCGAUCGAGGCACGCGCGAGGCUCGCGACUCUGUGUACAAAACGAGCUGAUCUCAAAUCUCGUUUGUUUUGUUUCGGUGAAGUUUAUCGAGUAUUUAUUGGUCACGAAAUCCAGUUCAAAUAAAUUCGAUCUCAGUUGGUGCGGCGGCGCGGUGCGGCGUUGCUCGGUAGUCUCGUUCUCGGUCUCGGUUCUCGUCUCUCUGUCUCUCUGUCUCACUGUCGCGUUGCGGGCGCGCUGGCCGCCGCUGGGUCGGCGGGCCGCCGACGGCGGGUGUCCCGGGUCGCCCGCCGUCGGGCUGUGAUAGAACCUGGGCGGCGACGGCGGCGGCGCGGCGGCAGCGACGAUCUCCCGGCCCGGCCGGUCCCCGCCGGCCGCCGCCCGGCCGCCGUCCGCAGUACAACAACCAACAAUCAGCGCGCACCGAGCCUGUGCUCGGGGCCACCGGCGCCGGCCGCGGGGCCACCCCCGCGCCCGGCCCACUGUACAUAGCGGCUAUUCGUUUGGGCAUGUGUGGAUUAUAUUGGGACCAAUUACUGCGCGCGCGGUGCGACAAUUUAGAAUUAUGCUUUUAUUUGUAUUGAUUCAGUCUGUGAUGUAAUGUUACGUUAAGUCUUCCUUUUGGGGACUUCGAUGUUUUAGUGACAUCGUUGUUAUCACACUGGAAUAAAGGAGGCAAAUCUG